AUGGCCAACUUCUCGGUACUCAUCAAGUUUGAGUCUGAAGAGGACGGGGAGAUAUAUUUCGCCGAUCUUGGCCCUGAUGCUCAAGGCCCGCCUGCACUCGGCACCAAGGUCAGCGCGGUCAAGUCUUUACAGGCCUUGGGUGAUAAGGAUGAGCCAAAAACGGUAACAAUUCGCCGUCUCUUAGCGCCACUGCCUCGAGAUGACUUACCUCUAUAUUGCGUGGGAUUGAACUAUCGCAGCCAUGCCAAAGAAGCUUCACUCAAUUUGACCUCGGUUCCUUCACUAUGGACCAAGCCAGCUGCAUCCCUUGCAAAUCCAGAUGAAGACAUCCCGCUCAACGACUUCUGCGCAGAGAGCCUCCCAGAUUACGAGGGCGAGCUCGUAUUUGUAACCUCCAAACAGUGCCGCGACAUUUCUCCCAAGGAAGCCAAAGACUACAUACUGGGGUACACGGCUGGCAACGACAUAUCCUGCCGCAUGUAUCAGCUUCCCAAGCAUUCCGCCGGUCAAUUCUUCUUCGCCAAAGCUUUCGACAAGCUUGCCCCAAUUGGACCCGCCCUGAUCAGCCCAGCCAUAUUUGGCGAUGGCUCAGGUUUUUCUGUAGAGGUAAAAGUCAAUGGAGAGGUUCGGCAGGUAGCAGAGUUUAAGAAGGACAUGGUGUUCUCGCCGGAGCAGAUUCUCAGCCAUAUGAGUCAAGGAACAACCAUACCGGCUGGUACAGCGGUCAUGACGGGAACACCCGCUGAGGUAGGUGCUUUCCAUAGUCCCAAGGUAUUCCUCAAAGAUGGUGAUGUCCUUGAAGUUACUAUGGUGCGGGUUGGAACAUUGAGAAACGUGAUAAAGUUUGAGUAA